AUGAAGAGGAAAACAGACAUCGCCUAUUUAACAAAUUUGUUUACAAAAUUUAAUAUGGUUAAUUUGCAAUUACAAGGCGACAGUUUAAAUUUGAUUAAAACAAAGUCCAUCUUAUCAGCGUUUUUUGCCAGAGUUAAACUAAUGAAGCAAAAUAUUGGACGGGGCGAAUUUUCUCAGUUCCCCAAUUUGUCACAGACAAGCUGCCAGGAAGACGACGUUUCAACUUACGUUCAAUAUUUAAAUGCCCUCUAUUCAGAUUUUGAAUCUAGUUUAAAAACGUAUAUCAGCAAUUCUGACUCCAAAACAACAUACCCGUUAUUAUGGAAUAUAGCGAGGAAAUUUUUAAUUUCCUUUCCAUCGUCGUACCUAGUGGAAAAGGGGUUCAGCACUGUUACCAAUCUCCUAACGAAAAAAAGAAACAGACUGGGCAUCAUUAGCCGAGGAGGUUUAAGAUUAACCCUUACAAAAUUGACGCCAAAUGUUGAUAAUUUAUUAUUAAAGCAUCAGGUUCAUCCUUCUCACUAA